CAUCGUUAAAGAUUCAAGUCUUGGCACCGAAAGACGACAUCUCCAAAGGCUCGUCAUGCGCGCUUCCGCAUAAUAACGUCAGGUACUACAAAAGAUUGUUGAAAAUCCACGGGAUUGCGCCUUGUCUAAGAGGGCGCCCAAUGUAGCUCUGACAACUAGUGAUGUUUGCACAAGAUUGGCGUGUUUGACGAAGCUCGGUCAAAAGUCCGAUUACUGAUCUCGCCCUUCGGCGAUUCUGAAAGCGCGGUAUACAGAGCCUCUUGACAAUGUGACAACGGCAAACCGGACCGCUCACGAUGAUAAGCCAUGCGAGGGCGUUAUCGAACGCUACUUGCUGUUUCCGGCACUUGUAAUUGAAAAUUUCAGACCCAGAGACAUUGCUCGCAGCACGCGUCCUUCGUUUCAGAGGAUGGUGGUGCUCGAUUGGGAUGGGCCUGACGAUCCAGCAAACCCCUACAACUGGUCCAAAGGCAUGAGAAUAUACCACACCUUUAUUCCUGCCGCAACCGCGCUCGUGUGCACUACGGGCUCUUCCAUCAUCACUCCAGCUCUGGCGGAAAUACAACGCGAUCUCCACGUCUCACGCGAGGUCUCUCUCUUGCCGUUUGUCUUGUACACGCUAGGACUCGGUGCCGGCCCUUUGCUAGCUGGACCAUCCAGCGAGAAUUUCGGCCGGCGACGGGUAUAUCAGGUCGGGAUGACUGGCUUCGCGCUAUUUACGCUUGGAGCAGGCUUCUCCACGAAUAUCGCCUCCCUCACGAUCUGUCGCUUUUUUGCCGGGGUUUUCGGCAGUCCAGGCCUUAGCAUUGGGGGCGGUUCGCUAGCUGAUCUGUGGGCGCCUCACGAACGAGCCAUCCCUUGGGCUGUGUAUGUGCUUUCGCCAUUCUUGGGCCCGGCGAUCGGGCCUGUGAUGGGCGCAUAUAUUACCCUUGGCGAAAGCUGGCGGUGGACUCAAUGGAUCAUGCUGUUCUUCGUCCUCGCCGUUUUGCUGCCUUCAUUCGCAAUGAAAGAAACCUACAAAGCCAAGAUUCUACAGCAAAGGGCUCGACGCAGCGGCGAAGAGUCCAUCGAGCCGCAGCGAACGAGACGGCAGGCUUUUCACGACUUCACCACGAAGAUAUUGAUUCGGCCGCUGCAUAUGAUAUGCACCGAGCCUGUCGUCGGCCUCUUCACCCUCUACAUUGCCCUGAACUUCGGCAUGCUGUAUGCCUUUUUCGCAGCCUUUCCGUUCGUCUUCGCCGAGGCCUACGGCUUCGGUAUAGGCUCGACGAGCUUGACUUUCUUGGGACUAGGGGUCGGCUCAAUGAUCGGCUGUGCGUCCAUAAUACUCUUUACCCGAGUCUCCUCCCAGCGACGGAUGGCGAGGGCUAAGGAGACUGGGCAGAGCACCGGUUCCGUGCCAGAGGAGCGCUUGUACGUCGCAAUGGUCGGCUCCGUCUGUCUUCCCGUGUCGUUAUUUUGGUUUGGUUGGUCUGUACAAGAGAGAGUCCACUGGAUCUGUCCGGUUAUUGCCGAGGCUGUAUACGCAUAUGGGAAUAUCCUCGUGUUCUCGGCGGCAACUCUCUACGUCAAUCAGGUCUAUGGGCCUCUAUACGCAGCAAGCGCGACGGCAGCCAACAGCUUUGCGCGCUAUACCUUCGGGGCAACUAUUCCGUUGUUCAUUGUACAGAUGUACACAGCACUUGGUGUGGGCUGGGCCAGCAGUCUAUUGGGUUUCGCGAGCCUAGCCAUGCUGCCGGUACCCUGGGUGUUCUACAAGUUUGGACCGACGCUACGCGCGAGGAGUAGCUACAUAUCUUCGCCAUGAUAGAUUGUUUUGAUAGAGUCCAACAUAUACCUUCGAU